AUGCAGGAAAGUUCCGUUUGUAUCGAUGAAAAAUGGCCAGUUAUUAUACAUUCAUCUCUUCAGACUACUGAACUCUUCUCCCAGUUGAAGGAUAUUCACAGAGUUCGCGUUUCAGAAAACAUAAUUGAAAACUCUGUGAUUUUUCCAAAGUCUGCAGUUGCCUUUCUGAUAUUUGACAUUCGUGAUAUCGAAUCACAAAACGAUCAGUCUGGUGCAUUGGACGGGAAAAUGGUCGAAAGGUUUUUUACUUUUUCUUUAACCUACUACCCUGCUCACAACUUCAAAGAAUGCGUGUCGUUUAUGCUGAAUAUUGCGAAGGUAACUUCCAAACCAACGUCAACGUUGCUAAAAACCAGAUUGGGUAAUCUUGCUUCGUCUUCUUCGUCUGAAGAAGUUGUUCUCAACAUUCUUUCAGCAAUUGGGCUCAACUGUCACGAUUGCUUUGUUCUUCAUCAAGGUUGCCAAAGCCUUUCGAAUGUCGCUCGUGCUUCUAUAGAACAACUAAUGGACUGUAGUUUGGAUCAGGAGACAGCCAGGAAAGUGUAUAAUUUUUUUCAUAAUAAUGAAUUGCCUAUUUGAGCUU